AUGUCCACCCAAAGAGUCAGAGAAGUCAUUAUUCUAAAUCCACCAACAACAGAUCCACCAACAACAGAUCCACCAACAGAAUGUGCAAUAAAUCCAGCUGACAGAGUGGACUGUGGAUACAGAGGGAUUACCCAGGCUGAUUGCGAAGGAAAAAACUGCUGCUUCGAUUCCACUAUCCCUCAAACGAAAUGGUGCUUCUAUAAACCGGCAGAUGCUCCAGCUAGGAAAGCAGAAUGUACAGUGGGCCCCAGUGUAAGAAUUGACUGUGGAUACCCAGGGAUUACAGACAAAGACUGCAGGGGGAAGGGUUGCUGUUAUGAUGAAAGUAUUCCUGACGUUAUAUGGUGCUUCCAAAAAGCAGGUGGUUUAAUAGGAGGAGGAGGAGGAGGAGGAGGAGGAGGAGGAGGAGGAGGAUCCGGCUCUGGAGAUCUUCUGAAGGAUGCACCUUAAUUGAUGGGAUACACAGAGAUCAUCAGAUCACAGAAACGUACAAGUUUUAAUUUCAAAUGGAAUAUGUAAUCAAGGAUGUGUGUUGAAUAAAUCCCAAUAAAACAGUUCUGCAUA